UUGAAACAGUCUAGACUACAGUAUCUUCUGGAUUUGGCGCUCAUGAACGAUAAUACGUGUAUUAUGCUGGCGUACAUGACCUUCAAAAAGAAAAAUUUUACUUUUUGGUUAACAUGAGUUCAUUUGAAAGAAAUUCUUUUCCCAGGAAAAGAGGAACUUUUCCAAGGAAGUCAGAUCGAGAGUUGGAGAGCUUCUUGCCAGAAACAAUGAAAAAUCCAAAGGUUUUUUCUGGACACUCAAAAUCUCAUGGCUACCAUAAACCUCUUUACUCUCAUGUAUCUGAUGAAACCGACCAAAAAUUGUACUGUGAAUCUGCUAAGAAGUUCUCAGGCAAGCAGAACAAAGAAAAUAGGCGCAAUGGAUACAGCUAUGAAGAUUACAGUGGAGCAUCUACAGAAGAAGGGGAUUUCAGUACAAGGAAAAUUCACAAUGCUUGGGAGAGUGAAGCAAGAAGGUCUCCCCAGCCAGUCUUCAUGGGAGCUAAAAAGAUAAUGAAUCCAAUGAUGAAAAUUAGCAGCGAGACUUUUCAGACUGCUGCUUUGGACACUUUGCCUGCCAUGCCAUCUUACAUGGAGUCGCAAAGAUCUUCUCCCAAGAUUGUUCUUAAUCGGAAUAUGAAGAUGGAAGAAGACAAAGAGCCAGCCAAAAUUCAAAUUCUGAAACCCAAUUCUGAAUCAACCCAGUCAAGCCCUUCUUCUGUACCAGUCAUUCUCUCUCGCUCUAAACCUCUUCCUGAGAAGGAGUUCAAACAACCACAUUUGCUUGGCAUUGAGAAGAAGAGUGCCGAGCGUGAGGUAUUGCGUAGAGGAGCACCACUUACCAUCUAUGACAAAGGUCUCAAGCCUUCAGUUUUCAGUGACCUUGAGAAUAAAGUUGUCCCAUCCAAGGAAAUGCGUCAACCAUUCCGUCUGAUUGAUUUAGACUUCAAGCUGUGUGAGGGCCACACUGCAUUCAAUGCCUACCUUCUGGAGCAAACCAACUUCCUGGUGGUGGGGGUGAUUGGCAGGCAAGGUGUUGGCAAAAGUACUAUUGCCUCACUGCUGUUGCAGACCAAACUCAACCCUCCAGCUGGCAGUGACCGUGGGUUUCGAGUAAGUGGUCGUUCAGAGCUGCUAAAGGGUAGCCACUGCACGGGAGGCUUGGAUGUUUUAGUGACGCCCCAGCGUCUCAUCGUCUUGGACUUCCCUGCCCUGCUUGCCCCAGGAGCCAUGGACACCACCGUCGGGACCUCUGACUCCCGCAUACCUCUGGAGAUGCUGGUGCAGACCAGGUCACUGCAGUUUAUGGCGCUGGCGCUACGUGUCUGCCACGUCGUGGUCGUCGUGCAAGACUCCAGGGAGCAAGGAACUGAGCUGCUCAAGUGUCUUCAGGCUGCAGCUGUCGUUAAUCGAUCUGAUGAAGCAACGGGGACUCACACCAUACGCUCUACACCGGACUUGUGCGGAGAAUCAAAGCCUCUGGUAAGCUCCACGGUGAUGGUUGUGUGCAACAAGAUGUCAUCAGCUCCUCCCAGUCUGCAGGCGUUGACCUUCAUUGAGCGCCACGUGAGCCGUCACCUGAGGCCAGGUCUGCUGAACAUGAGCAGUGGUGUGGGGGAGGCGCCCAGAGGAACGGUCAAUCUCUUCACUCUGCCCUUCAUCCGCAACUGCGCCAAGGAGAGGAACUCGCUGUCGCCCUCCAUGCAGACGCUGCGAUCGGCCAUCAUGGGCCUGGAGCGCAGGAGCUUCCCUGGCUAUGACUCGCCGCCGACUGAGCGAGCCUGGUUUGAGUACACGGUUCGUCAAUGGGAGAAAAUCCUGAAGUCCAGCCUCUACCUGGACUACAGUCGCCUGUUCCCCUGAGUUUGAGCCAGCGCGUAGGCCUGAAGACAAGGCCGUGUCCUCAUAGCAUCACAAUAAUACCAUACUGGACAAGUUUGUGCUCAAACCACGACUCGUCCUUAUGUCUAUUACGACUGACUAGCGCAGAAGACAACUCUGCAAAGAUUUGUUCGGGUGGAGGCCUUCAUGCAUGACUCGGGCUUCCUGGCGCAACGGAACCCAAGUAACCGCAACAGCGGUCCGCAAAAUCGAGCGAAAUGCUGCAUCUCCAGCGCACGGUUGCUCUCCAAUGAUGGUUGCAGUUACAUCUGAAGCUCUCGAGACCUGCGGAUGCUCGCUAACUUCGUCUAAUCGCUCGUCGUCCGUCUUGCGUCAGACGCUAAUCUGUCAUAAGUGCAAAUCGUCGUUGUUGGAGGCUCUUUGAUUUUGGGAGAGUUUGUGAAUGGUUCCAAAAGAAAAUGUAUGUUUCUGGCCUCUGAUAGGAAAUUGUUGCUUAACUGGUAGAUGAAGAACUUUUUUAUACUGAUUCUAGGGAAAAUAAAGUUUUCUCUCUCCCUGGAUUAAUAUAAUCUCAUAAUCGAACAAUAUGAGAAAAUUUAAUAUAGCAACUGAAAAUAUUUUUUGUUGUUGGUACUUUUUGUAAAAUAAUUUUCUUAUCGGCAUCCUUUAGUCAGCAGCUUUCGAUUUUGAGUGAUUCAAAAGGAAGCUAAUUUUCUUGUGAUGAAUGCAAGAAAUUUUUAUGCAUCGCACUGCUCGGCGGCAUUGAAUAUCUUUAAAUUUCUAACGCAGUUGGCGACUAAGAAACUGGAUUUUCUUGACGAAUCAUUGUAUAUAUAGCCUGAUUAACGGGGUAUUCUCUCGCUCGCUCGACGACUUACUUGAUUAAGAAAAAUACUUUUAGAGCUCGCUUCUUCGCUUUAACUGAUUACAGAAUAGCUUCCCAAAAAUGAUUGAGAGUUUCACUUGUCUUGAUCGUAUCUGCACAUGAAAUGCACGCGUUGGAUUCGUCUUAUCUAUUUUGUGAGCACUUCCUACUUAGGAAACCGUUGGGUUUAGCGUGCUAUGUACAUCAAAUUUUUUCUAUUUUAAUCUUCGAGAUUUUUUUUCGAAUAUGGGGUUCACUCUAGGAUGUACUCCCGAAAAAAUCCUCCAACAUUAAGUUUUUUUGUCAAUGUAUCGAGUAUUUUCAUCACAUUGAUUUUUAUUUAUUCCUAAAUUAGCCUACCUACAACUCAUUGCGUGCAGCAUCGUCGUAGCUCUAAAAAUUUUCUAGCGUAAGCAUUGCAUGUUGUUUUCGUAAAUAAACUGUAAUAAAAUGA